AAGGGAGGUCUGCUGGACGGAUGAAGAGGGUCUGUGGCUGAACGUUGUCGUUAAAGAGGAGAAAGAAGAGGAGGCUGUCACCGUUAAAAAACAGGUAGAGGUUGAGUCUGUUCCGGUUAAAGAAGAAGAGAAAGACGUUUCAGUGAAAGAAGAAGGCACGUUCAGAGUGAAAGAGGAGGAGGAUGUUACAGUAAAAGAAGAGGAGAAAGAGGAGGAUGCAGUUUUUGGAGUGAAAGAGGAGGAGGAGGAGAUGGCUGUCACAUCCAGAAAGGCGGAGGAAGAAGAUGAGGUUACGGGAUAUCUGGGCCCGGUUUCCCAAACACAUCUUAAGGCAUCCAAUGGAGAGCGAGAUGACGAUCGUGGAUCCUCUGGGGAGCCUCAACAACAUCAUGAAGCUGAAGAGGCAGAGGAGAGUUUUUCCACAUCAGAACAUCUCAAGAAAAAGAAGCGGAAACACACAGGGAAGAAACCUCACCGCUGUUCUGACUGUGGGAAGAGAUUCACCUCUUCAGCAGACCUCAAAAGACAUCAGAGAAUCCAUACAGGAGAGAAACCUUAUAGCUGUGAUCAAUGUGGGAAGAGAUUUACUGAUCUAAGCAGCCUGAAAAGACACCAGAGAAUUCACACUGGAGAGAAACCUUAUAGCUGCUCUGACUGUGGGAAGAGUUUUAAUGUUCCAAGCAGCCUGAAAACGCACCAAAGAAUUCACACGGGAGAGAAACCUUAUAGCUGUGAUCAAUGUGGGAAGAGUUUUGUUUCAUCUAGCCAGCUGACUGUACACCAGAGAACACACACAGGAGAGAAAUGUUAUAGCUGUGAUCAAUGUGGGAAGAGUUUUGUUUCAUCUAGCCAGCUUACUGCACACCAGAAAACACACACAGGAGAGAAAUCGUAUACCUGUGAUCAAUGUGGGAAGAGAUACUCUGGUAAAAGAUCUCUGAUUAGACAUCAGAAAAUACAUGAAGGAGUUGUUCCAUGAUAUCAAUAAAAUGUCACAAUGUAGAAUGUUUUAACAUUGUAGUAGGGGUAUUUGAAUGAUGUCACAAUGUAGAACCCUAAAUGUUUGCCCCGUGUUCUAUUGAUUUCAUCAUGAUAUGGAUAUUAGCCUCAUCAGGGGAAAACAUCCAGAUCCUGAAAUGAAAGAAUACUAUUUAUGUGAUUAACAAAAAGUGUUGCGUUACACUUAUCUCGUUGGUGAUCCACUUGAAUCAAAGUGAAACUCUUCAAAAUGUAGCUAGCUGUUUACCACAAGUUGUCCUCUAACCAGUGAUGUACACAUUAAACCCAGAUUCCAUGUGGUUUUAGAGCUGUUCCUUUAAUCAGGAUGUGCAACCUCAUCUCCUCCCUCUCGCGCAAUUGAUUUCAAAGUGAUUUCGAUAUGAGUGAUGACAAAUAAGUGUUACAUUUCUCUUCGUUCUGGGGACCUCUACAUUUAAAUGCAUCACUCCGAAAUGUAGCUGACUGUCUUCUGCAGAUUAUCUAACCAGUGAGAUAAAAGAUUAUAAAAUUCCAAAAGAUAUCUCCCAUUUCCAUGUGGUAUUUUAGUUGUUAGUUUCAACAGCAGUUUCAACCUGAUUUCCCCCCAAUAGAUGUAUU